UAGCCACCAUUUUUGUCUUUCACUCUCUCUCACACCUUUUUCCAUGCAAAAUUUCACAGUCAUAAUCACAUUAUCAAUUUUUUAUCAACUUAAAGGCAAACACAGUUUUGGUUUUUUCUUUGCAGCUUUCAAUUGCUGACACAAUAAAAAAAAUUAGAUGCUUAGAAUUAACUUUACAUUCUUCUCCUUUGCCAUCACCACAAUUUAAGAAAGUGGAUCUUACCCUUUUCAAUUCUCUUCAUAAAAAUCAAAUCUUUUCAAUUAAGAUUUUAAGGUUGUAGUUGUUAUUGUUUUAGUCAACCUCAAACAUUGUCUCAAAAACAAAAAUGUCUUCUUUUUUGUCUUUUGUUGUCCUUUUUGUGUUUCUUUUGUUUACAAGAAAUGUUAUACAAGGUGAUUAUGAUCAAGAAAUGGUGAUGGAAGAAAAGGAAUUAUUAGGAUUGUUUGAAGUGAUGGAAGCACUUUUAGAUGAACCUGAUUUUUCACAAACACAUCCUUUACCUUGUACUGAUACACCAUGGCCAGGAAUUGAGUGUGAAGUUAGCAUUGAUGACAACAAUGAUACACAACAAAUCUUUCAUGUCACAAAGAUUCACAUUGGUCCUGAUGUACUCUCUCCACCUUGUAAAAAAUCAGCUUAUUUAUCAAAAUCACUUUUGAAACUCACUUUUCUAAAAACACUUUCACUUUUUAACUGUUUUGUUACUUCACAUGUCACAUUACCAACAACUUUGUUCGGUUCUUUUUCUUCCUUAGAACACAUUGCUUUACAAUCUAAUCCAAAACUCUAUGGAGAAAUACCUUCAAGUUUAGGUUUUGUUACUAAUCUUAGAGUCUUGAGCUUAUCACAAAACAGCUUAAAUGGAAGCAUUCCUAAAGAGAUUGGAAGUUUAGCUUUUCUUGAGCAACUUGAUUUAAGUUAUAAUAAUUUCAUUGGUCAAAUUCCCAAUGAAAUUGGAGGGUUGAAAAGUUUAACCAUUUUGGACUUAAGUUGGAAUAAAUUUGAAGGGAAUUUACCUUACUCUAUAGGACAACUUCAACUUCUUCAAAAAAUGGAUUUGAGCUCAAACCAGCUUAAUGGAAAAUUACCUUCUAAUGUUGGAAAUCUCAAGAGGUUAGUCUUGCUUGAUUUAAGUCAUAAUUUUUUUAGUGGCCCAAUUCCUGAAAAUUUUCAAAGAUUGAAUCUUUUGGAGUAUUUAAUCAUUGAUGAUAAUCCCAUCAAAACUAUGAUACCUCAUUUUAUAGGAAACCUUUGGAAUCUAAAAUCAUUAAGCUUUUCAAGAUGUGGAUUAUUUGGUUCCAUACCAAAUUAUUUCUCUUUGUUGAAGAAUCUUUCAGCUCUAUCCUUAGAUAACAAUAGUCUCAUUGGAAAUGUACCAAAAAAUCUAGCUUUGUUACCAAACUUAGAUCAACUUAAUAUAAGCUAUAAUAAGUUGAAUGGUGUUUUGCAUUUUUCAAAUGAGUUUAUUGAAAAGCUUGGUAAAAGGUUAGAUGUAAGAGGAAACAAUGAACUUUGUAUCAAUGAUAACAAGAACUUAUCUUCAUACUUGGAAAUUGCAUCUUGUGUGGGGUUGAGACCUAUAAAUGACAAAUCUUUUGCUGAAGAUCCAGCAGGAAUUAAGCCAUCACGGAGCAAAAGUAACUUAAGUUCAAGUUCAGCUUAUUUGAAUCUACAUGUAAUCAUUUUUACAUUGGUUUUAAGUUUUAGCUUUAGUUUACUUAAUUUGUGAAACUUGGAAUGUAUAUUUUUUAUGAAAUGUUUUUAUUGAUAAUUGAUAAUCUUAUAUUUGGGUACUGAAAGUCUGAAACUUUAUCUCAUUAAAGUGCUU